AUGGCGCACGAAGCUAGCGGCUGGGCGCUCUGGGCGGCUGUCGGCCGUCGGCAACUCACCAAUAAUUACUCGGAAAGUUCAAGACGCCUGGCGCUGGCGGCCGGCUGCGACUGGGACACGAGCGAGAGCGCGUCGGCGCUGCUCAAGUGGCUGCGCGCCGCGCCGGCCGAGGCGCUGGUGGCGGCGGUGGACGCGGCCAAGACGAGCGAGGAGCGGCGCCGGGGCGUGCUGGCCACCUUCGUGCCGUGCGUGGAGCCCGCGGCGGCCAGCGACCCGUUCCUGCCCGACGAGCCCGACGCGCUGCUGGCCAACGGCGCCGCGCAGCGCGUGCCCAUCGUCUUCGGCCUCACGUCGCACGAGGGCAUCUUCCUGCUGCCCGGUGAGUAA